AUGAAUGACUACCUGCCUCAACGAUACAGCACUAUCUUCCAACGUGUCUUUACUACCACUAGCACUUCAUCAUCAGCAUCAGCAUCAGCACCUACUACCAUACUAAGAGAUAUGGUAACCGAUAAUACCAUCCCCACUACACCUCCAUCUGACGCAGAAGAAGCCCUCGCUAUCAUCGGCCGGCAGGUCGAGGAGGAUUUCCUCUUUCUUUUGCCACCACAGCCCUCUUCCCUACGAGAUAAUGACAAACAAGAAGGUACUAACAAGCAGAUGACCCUCGAAGCCUUCAUCGGCUGUUUUCCUAAUGGGUUCAACUGGGCAGACAAAUCCCGCAAAUCGCUGGCGAGUAUUCAUGUUCCGGUACCGGAUUAUACCACCAAGUCGAGGGCGAGUAUGGAUAGAAAAUUCUGGCAUCAAAUUCUCCGCAUUAAGUUCACUGCCAUAAGCAACUACAUCACUCGUGAUGUUUUCGGACUGGCUAUAUCGUCCUUCUUGGAGCGAUAUACCAAUGUGUUUUGUGUGUUCCCCCUCUCGGGUAUUCUACACCUUGCUUCGGACGUGGUAAGGAAUAAACCGAUGCGCGAGUCUGGCGCUAUGGUGUUUUUCUUAUCUUUCGUGCUUGGGUACAUGGUUGAAGAUGGUGUCCAGGCUGUGUGGAGGAAAAGAUUUCAGGAUUCAUCAACCUCGGAGGCAAGUAGUACUAAUAGUCAAAAAGAGCCAGAGAUUUGGAAAAAGGUGCUUGGGUAUAUCUGGGUUUUGGCUUUUCUGGCAGUCACAUCGGCGGUGUAUUUUGAGCCGGUGCGAAAGAGUCCAGAGAGGCAACUGGCUCUGGUUCCUUGGAGUUUUGUGGAGGUUAUUGGACUUGAGAUGACGGGGGUGUUGGUUGUUGGUUGA